GCCCCCGCCGCUUCUUAUAACAUCCCGCUGAUCAAGAUAUGGCCGAAGGAGACGAGCACUCAGUCCUAUACGAACUGCUCCGCCGAGCUACGUUCAGCACCUCAUUACGCCAGGCUUGCAAAGGAGAUGAGGAACCACGUCCUCGGUCCCAUGCCCGUGCGGGAUUUUAUGGUCAGUUUUCUGAGAUAUGACGAUCUCGGAGAUGAUGAGGGGUUUUGGGCUGGAAUGCCGGAUGCCGAACACGCCUUCAAGGACGUCCCAAAGUCGCCUGCGAAGGAGGGCCUCAUGUACGAACCACUGGCGAAAGCUUUGAAUGCGGACGAGACGACAGGCAAAGUGUCUCGAUGCCCAGGCUUCGUGUUCGGCAUUACAGGCAACCGAGCAGAUACCAGCGGUCCACUGCCAAAUGCCCUGGGCUCAACCAAGCCCGAUAUCUCUGCUUAUCUUCAGGAGCAUCUAGAGCAUAUCAGAAAACAGGCUCCCACCGACGACGACGCUUCCACCAAGACACACAUGGGGUACGUCGCGCUCUACAUCGAGAUCAAGAGGGACUGUUCCAUGGACUGUUUCGUGGACCCACCUGCCAACGGAGUACCCCCACAACCCCCGCGCUCGUUCAUCAACCCUGAAUGCACCCAACAUCUCGGCCAGAUCGUAAACUACGCCUUAGAGAUAGUGAAGAGGCAGCACCGUCGGCAUGUCUUCUCCAUCUCCUUGUGCGGUAGCAAGGCGCGGUUCAUUCGCUGGGAUCGAGCAGGUGCAAUCGUAUCGAGAUCCUUCGACAUCCAUGACGAUCCUGAUUCGCUAUGCGAGUUCCUGUGGUGUUUCUCGGCGAUCAAUCAGACCGACCGUGGCCUCGACUGUACCGUCCAGCCUGGGACACUUGCGGAUGCCGCGCUUUUCAAGCAGGCAAUCGAAGCACAUCUGCGAGAACAACUGGUAGAAUUGCUCCCAGGCAACAAAGACGUCCGCGGUUCUCUCAAGUACCACCUCGAGGAGCAUUACCAGGAAAACAAUGUCACCCGCAUCCCCAUUCCGGAUCCCGUCCACUCUGAUCCUAGGUGUCGCAGCCAAAGCUAUCUACUGGUCUCUCGUCCCAUCACUGUGCCUCACUCGUUGGUCGGCAGAGGCGUGAGGACGUACUGGGCCGUACUCGUCGAAGCAGCCACUCCGGAAGUAGUUCUCCUGAAGGAUUACUGGAGGUACGAACCGCGCGACCUCCAACUCGAAGGCGACGUGCUGGAGCAUAUGGCUCGGGCGGGUUUCGGUCGCGACAACGUUCCUACAAAGAAGUAUCAUGGAGAUGUCCCUGCACGAUCAUGCUUACCCUUCCUGUGCUUAUGUGACAACUUAUUAGGUAAACAGACUACUGUCACGCAGUAUUAUAAGCACGCGUCGUGGAUGGACGCUAGUAUAGUACCGCAGAAACUGGAGACGAUGGUGACGAUGACACACUAUCGCCUCAUUACGAAUGAAGCUGGCUACAAUCUCAUGCACCUCCGGGGUAGUCAAGAACUGUUGUGGGCAGGGCGAGAUGCACUUCGAGCGAUCACACGUAAUUUCUUCAACCCACGCCCCGAAAAAGGACAACAUCCACGGCUACAUCGGAAUGUCAGCCCAGGCAACAUUAUGUUGUACCGCCCCACGCCAGACUCGCCCUCCAAUGAUAAAGGUCUGGAAAUUCCACCCAGGACGGGAUACCUAAUCAAUUGGGAUUUGUCA